AUGGUUGAAUCAAGAUUUGCUAAUAGACAAGAAGAAGAUAUCACAGUCAAUAAGGAAGGUCCAAGUCAGGCGCAACAAGAAACAGACCGUAAAAAGAGAGUCUUGAAAGAUAGUAUUCGUCAAUUAUAUUUUCCUGGAAAACGGAUAUUUAACACAAGUCUCUUCAUUGUUGGAUUGGCCUUUAUCGCCAAUGCUAUUUUACUCUAUGUGGAUACGUUAACAACAAUUCUUCAUGCCGAUAUCUUCUUUGGUUUUUCAAAACAAGGAAGAAACGAUCACUUGCAAAGAUCUUCAGCUGUUCUUGGAUUUGUAGUUGGUUUCUUAAAUCUGUAUUGUGCCAGUAUUGAGAAGAACAAGGCCCUUACCACGUACACUCUCUUUGCUGAUGGCUUCUCAAUUCUACACUAUCUUGCUGAAACUUUCUAUUACAAGAGUAUUCGUUAUGAAUACACUGCGUUGGUCACUGUGUUCUUGCUUUUCAACUUUAUCUGGGCUGUUCGUAAUUAUUAUUAUGAAUUAAGAUUGAUUCAAGAAAAGAAGAUUAAUCGACAACGUGGGGAAGAUAUUCAAAAAGAAGACAUUUAUGUACAUGAAGAUUAA